UGGAUUCAUCGCCCCUCUGGAGCUCUGCCUAAUCACGCUCCUGAUAGAGACGACGGGACCGACCCAUCCAACGGCUCUUAUCCUCCUUUGUACACGCGUCACAAUUUCCUUCUCCAGCGCCGCGAUUCGAGCCUCCCCUAAUCUGCAACACCAAAAGCCAAAGGAGAGGUGAGUGCUCCUCAGCAAGCAAGAGCAGAGGGGGAGAGAGAGGAGCGGGCUACUAGGGCAUGGGGGGAGGGGAGUGGGUGGCGGAGCCGAUGUUCCCGGAUGAGGUAUGGGAGUAUGUCUUCUCUUUUGUGGAGGCGGACGUAGACAGGAACGCGAUCUCGCUGGUCUGCCGGGGGUGGUACCGGAUCGAGCGGCGGGGGCGCAUCUUUGUUGGGAACUGCUACGCCGUUUCUCCGGCGAUGGCUUUACAGCGUUUUCCUGAAGUCAGAGCGGUGACCAUCAAAGGAAAGCCCCACUUCGCCGAUUUCGAUCUUGUGCCGAGGGACUGGGGUGCCGGAGCUGCUGUGUGGGUGGAGGCGUUGGCGGAGGUUUGUCCGCAGAUCGAGGAGCUUAGGUUUAAGAGAAUGGUGGUCACUGAUGAGUGUCUUGAGCUCAUCGGGAGGUCCUUUCGGAACUUCAAGGUGCUCUCACUUGCGUCCUGCGAGGGUUUCAGUACUUCUGGGCUGGCAUCCAUCGCUUCCAAUUGCAGAAACCUAAGAGAGUUGGACCUGCAGGAGAACGACAUUGAGAAUAAUUGUAGCCAUUGGCUUAGUCAUUUCCCAGAAUCUUUCUCGUCAUUGAUAUCACUUAACAUUGCCGGCCUUGAUGGGGAGAUAAAUUUUUCCGUUCUUGAGCGGCUUAUGCAGAGCUGCUCUAAGCUCAUGACACUUAAACUCCACCAGUCCUUGCCUCUUGACCGGCUUGCUGGUAUUCUCCGUAAAGCCCCACAACUGGUCAACCUGGGAACUGGCAGAUUUUCAGCUGAUUCUCGUCCGGACCUUUUUGCAAACCUUGAAUCGUCAUUUAUGGAAUGUAGGGGUCUGAAAAGCAUAUCUGGUCUUUAUGAUGCUGUUCCUGCAUAUCUUCCAACUAUCUACCCCGUUUGUGAUGGGCUUAGCUCUCUAAAUCUGAGCUAUGCUAACCUGCAAAGUGCUGAACUUAUAAAGCUGAUUACACGGUGUAAAAAUCUCCAGCGUUUAUGGGUCAUGGACUUAAUCGAGGACGAUGGUCUUGAAGCCGUUGCAUCAUCUUGCAAGCUUCUCCAAGAGCUUCGAGUCUUUCCCUUUGAUCCUUACGAUCUAGAACCUGUUUCUCUUACCGAGCGUGGGCUUGUGAGCAUCUCUGCCGGUUGCCCGUUGCUUCGCUCUGUGCUCUACUUCUGCCGACAAAUGACAAACAACGCACUCAUCACCGUUGCAACAAACUGCCCAAAUUUAACGUGUUUUCGACUUUGCAUCCUCGAGCCACAAACCGCCGAUCAUCUCACCGAUCAACCACUCGAUAUUGGAUUCAGUGCCAUCGUCAAAUCAUGCAAGGAGCUCCGACGCCUUUCCCUCUCUGGCCUCCUAACCGACCAAGUCUUCGAAAGCAUCGGUGCACACGCAAAUAAGGUUAAAAUGCUGUCGGUUGCCUUUGCUGGAAAGAGCGAUGCAGGCCUACAUUAUAUUCUAUCAGGUUGUAGAAGUCUAAAAAAAUUAGAAAUUCGGGAUUGUCCUUUUGGGGAUAAGGCUCUUUUGGCCAACAUGGCGAAGCUGGAGACAAUGCGAUCCCUUUGGAUGUCAUCGUGCUCUGUGAGUUUGGGGGCUUGUAGAUUACUGGCUCGGAGAAAGCCGAGGCUCGACGAGAGGCGAGGAGGGUCAGUGGGUUCAAGGCGCGAUGACUCCCCCGUCGAGAAGCUUUAUAUAUACAGAACGGUUGCCGGUCCGAGGUCUGACGUGCCAAAUUGUGUUUGGACGAUAUAGAGGUUUUAUUUUGUGUAGCCAUGAAGACUAGAGCCUCAGUUUUAAAGCAGUGGUGUCAAAUUGAAAUAAGGAGAAUGUAUUCACUUAUAAUGAUAUUGUAUUAUGGUUUAGUGAGGAGCUGUCUUAAUGGAUUUGCUGGUCGGCCAAUAGUUUAAUGUAAAUGAGCUGUCUUUUAAUUUCCUUAGGUAGUCUAUUUGCCAAAUCUCUUGUAUUUCUCUUUAUAGUUUUGCAUUUUUCUUCGACUAAUGUCAAAUCUAUCGUAUUGUUGGAAGUUA